CCCUAAAUUUUUAAUUUCCCCUUUUCUCACUCUCUCUCUCUCAAAAUAUUUCCCCUCUCUCUCCAAUAUUGAACCAGCUCCCGCAUCGUCCUCACCUGCUUCAACUCCAUUGAAGCAACUCCAAGCUCAGUUCGAUCUUUUCGGGUUGCCUAUUUCUCUCUCCUGCUUUUAUUUGCUCCUCUCAUCCUUACUCUUCUCCUAAGCAUCCUCCAUUGAAGUGCACUUUGAGUUCUCCAUUGAAGCGCACUCUAAGUUCUCCAUUAAAGCGCACUCUGAGUUCUCGGUCUUCUCCAAACUCCGGUGGUCCCUCUCGUCGCGACUCCCUCUCUCACUCCCAAGCUCUCUCCAUUGAAGCAGCUCAAGCUCUCAAGUUCUCGGUCCUGUAAGCUCGAUCCUGCUCAAGAAAUUCCCAUCAAUAGAUACUGCAUUCCCUUUGACAGAAAGAGAUCGACUUGGACUCCGUGGUCUCCUGCCUCCUUGUAUUAUAUCAUUUGAACAACAAUAUGCCUGUUUCAGCAAAUUCCUAUUGAUGAACAGGCAAGAAAAAUCCUGAGAAGCCUACCACAAGAUGAACGCUGGAGAUCCAAGGUUACUGCCAUGCAGGAAGAUAAGGACUUUACUAAGUUCAAUAUGGAACAACUAAUCAUUGAUGACUCAUGAACUUCAUCUGAGUUCCAACAUUGAAAGUUCCAGAAAUAAAGGUUUGGCACUCAAGGCUGGAGACUCAGAAGGAUCAGAAGUUGAUGAGGAAGAGAUGGCUAUGCUAGUGAGGAAAUUUAAGAAGAUGAUGAAAAAUAGGAAGUUUGACAGGAACAAGAAGUAUACAAGUUCCAGAAACACAACGUGUUUCAAGUGUGGAUCAAAGGAUCAUUUUAUCAAAGAUUGUCCUGUUCAGGAUGGAGAGAAAGGCAAGACUAAAGGCAAGGAGCAAUCCAAAGAGUCAAGAGUCUACAAGCCUUACUUCACCAAGGACAACGUUAAGAAAGCCAUGCUUGCUGCUUGGGGAGAUACAGAUUCAGAAGAAGAAGAGGAGGAUCAACCAUCAGAAGAAACUGCUCAUUUAUGUCUAAUGGCAAAAAUUGAUGAAGCUGCCAAGCUAAAGGAGCUUGAGUCUAAGGUAUGGUUCUCUUACAAUCAAUUAAUACAUAUGUCUAAAGAGAAUCUAAUAGAUACUGUUUUGGAAAUUCAAGAAGAUCUAAAAGAAUUGCAUAGAUCCAAACAUCUAAGUGAUAAAGCUUUGAUAACUUACAAAGAGAACAGUGAAUGGGUUGAUAACAUGAAGUUUGACAUUCAAUACAGGUUCUUCAGUCUGUUUAAUGACAAUAAAAUUCUAAAAGAGACUCUAGAGAACUUAAAACAAGAUAACAUACUCUUGAAUGUGGAAUUGUCUUUGUUAAAACUGAGUGUUGACACUCCUAACUCUGAAGUUCCUCCACCGACUGAUUAUCAGAAUUUUGAAAAAUUGAAACAUGAUUUAGAAGAGUUAAAAAUGGAUAAGGCACGUCUUGAGGGGGAACUUGAGAGGGCUAGGAAAGGUAAACAACCAAUAGAGUAUAGAGUUCCUGAUUGGAUCACUAAGGCUCAAACUAAGAAUACUGAAGUUUUGGGUUUUAAAAAGAAGUUCCAGAAAGAAAAGAAGUAUGUCAACUUGCCCAGUAGCAUUGUUUGUUAUUUCUGUGGCAAUACAGGGCAUAAGCAAGCUAAGUGCCCUAAGAAAGAACAAAGCACUCAGAAGAAAAUCAAACAUGUAAACAAAUCUGGGUAAAGAAAAAUGAAUCAACCCAUGUUACACAGGAACCUAAGGAAACAUGGGUUCCUGACUCUAACGUUUAAAUU